AUGCUGCUGCUGCUCUGUACUGGACAAUGUGCCUACGUAGAGGACACUGUGCGGCGCGACGUGCUCCUACCUGGAGGCGGCGAGCGUCGCCUCCGUGUGAUGCAGCAGGAGCCGUUCGUGCCGCCGCCGGCGCCGCAGCCGCAGCUGAAGCACGCGGUGGCCCUGGAUGACGGUCGCCCACGAGGGGAGGAGCAACCAGACGGAGAGUGCGGCAGGAGGGGAGGAGCAACCAGACGGAGAGUGCGGCAGGAGGGGAACAGCAACCAGACGGAGAGUGCCGCAGGAGGGGAACAGCAACCAGACGGAGAGUGCCGCAGGAGGGGAACAGCAACCAGACGGAGAGUGCCGCAGGAGGGGAACAGCAACCAGACGGAGAGUGCGGCAGGAGGGGAGGAGCAACCAGACGGAGAGUGCGGCAGGAGGGGAACAGCAACCAGACGGAGAGUGCCGCAGGAGGGGAACAGCAACCAGACGGAGAGUGCCGCAGGAGGGGAACAGCAACCAGACGGAGAGUGCCGCAGGAGGGGAGGAGCAACCAGACGGAGAGUGCCGCAGGAGGGGAGGAGCAACCAGACGGAGAGUGCCGCAGGAGGGGAGGAGCAACCAGACGGAGAGUGCGGCAGGAGGGGAGGAGCAACCAGACGGAGAGUGCGGCAGGAGGGGAGGAGCAACCAGACGGAGAGUGCGGCAGGAGGGGAGGAGCAACCAGACGGAGAGUGCGGCAGGAGGGGAGGAGCAACCAGACGGAGAGUGCGGCAGGAAGGGAACAGCAACCAGACGGAGAGUGCGGCAGGAGGGGAACAGCAACCAGACAGAGAGUGCCGCAGGAGGGGAACAGCAACCAGACGGAGAGUGCGGCAGGAGGGGAGGAGCAACCAGACGGAGAGUGCGGCAGGAGGGGAGGAGCAACCAGACGGAGAGUGCGGCAGGAGGGGAACAGCAACCAGACGGAGAGUGCCGCAGGAGGGGAGGAGCAACCAGACGGAGAGUGCGGCAGGAGGGGAGGAGCAACCAGACGGAGAGUGCGGCAGGAGGGGAGGAGCAACCAGACGGAGAGUGCGGCAGGAGGGGAGCAGCAACCAGACGGAGAGUGCGGCAGGAGGGGAGCAGCAACCAGACGGAGAGUGCGGCAGGAGGGGAGCAGCAACCAGACGGAGAGUGCGGCAGGAGGGGAGCAGCAACCAGACGGAGAGUGCGGCAGGAGGGGAGCAGCAACCAGACGGAGAGUGCGGCAGGAGGGGAGCAGCAACCAGACAGAGUGCGGCAGGAGGGGAGCAGCAACCAGACAGAGUGCGGCAGGAGGGGAGCAGCAACCAGACAGAGUGCGGCAGGAGGGGAGCAGCAACCAGACAGAGUGCGGCAGGAGGGGAGCAGCAACCAGACAGAGUGCGGCAGGAGGGGAGCAGCAACCAGACGGAGAGUGCGGCAGGAGGGGAGCAGCAACCAGACGGAGAGUGUGGCAGGAGGGGAGCAGCAACCAGAUGGAGAGUGUGGCAGGAGGGGAGCAGCAACCAGAUGGAGGCAGAUGGGGAAUGCAGAUAG